AUGUCUUCCCCGAAACCCAUGUCGUCCCCCCAGGGACCCGAAAGAGCGAGCACAUUUCUGGCUGCCGGGAUCGGAAACACCCUUGGCUCACACCUGGCGGACCGGAUAUACAUUGACGCCGGCAAUGUCCUCCGGGUGCGCUUCGAGGGAGACGAGUUCCAUGAGGAUGAGCCUGGACCGCCGGAGGCGCAUGAGGGCGUUCAACAGGCUCGUGAGAUGCGCCGUUCCCCGUAUACCAUCACCUGCCCGAUGUCAGAACAGCGACUUGGCCGGUGGAGGAACGCCGGCGUCGAAACAACGGACGAUGGAUGA